AUGGGUAACAAAGGCAAGUGUUUCUCUAUCUAUUUACUCUUGAUCUUCCAUCUUUUUAGCAUUUCCAACACCACUUCCACGGAUACCGAUAACCCCUCGGACUUGUCCGAUCCAACAGAAAUUGUAAACGUAUUGCAUCAACACAUAUCCCAAUUAGGUAAGCUCGAUGAGCUAGUGAAAAGCCUUACCGAAUUGGUAACUAGAUUGGAAUCGCGUGUACUCGAAUCUCCUACUGAAAUUAGGAGGAGUUCGAAUGACGAGUUCAUUCACGAAGAAGAACUUAGGUCUGAUUCGAAAAAAAUCGAUGAAGAAAACAGUUUCGUUGAUGAGAGUACUUCUGCGAGAGAUAAUAGGGUUGAGAGAUUGGGUGCUGUAUCUGUUACUAAGCAUAGUUUAUUCUGGUCUGAAAGGUUUCAAUUCGUUUCCGCUGUGAAACUCGAUACAAAAGCAACUUCUCUCAAUGUUUUACCAUUUAAAGACCUCGAAGGAUUGAGCAAAUAUAUCGCUGUCGGUGAUGACCUUGGAAACUUCUACGUAUUCACUAGAUAUGGCGAAGUUAUGCUUCAAUUCAACACACUCACGAAUUCCCCCAUUACUGCUAUCUUAUCUUACCUUUCCGUUUUCAGAAACGAGACUAUAGUAGUUACAGGCCAUGGAAAUGGUGUCAUCUUAGUUCAUAGAGUUUGGGAAAUCCCAACUGGCGAUGAAUCAAAUCUGCUCGAGAGAGAAACCAUUCACAAACUCGAUCAAGAACUCGGAUCCGCCAUAAGCAUAAUGGAAAUCCACCAUGUUGGUCGAACAAGAUACACUGUAGCCAUAGACAUCGGUGGAACAAUCAAGGUUUUCAAAGAAGGAGGUUCAGUAAUCGGGACAAUCGUCCCCAGUUCUCGACCUCUUGCUUUCUUGAAGCAAAAACUCUUGUUCUUAACAGAAACCGGUGCAGGUUCUUUAGAUUUAAGAACCAUGAAGCUUCGAGAAGCUCCAUGUGAAGGUUUCAACGGAUCAUACGCUUUGAAUUAUGUCUUUGAUGCUUCCGAUAGAGGAAAAGCAUACGGGUUCACUUCAGGAGGUGAAUUGGUGCAUCUGUUAAUAUAUGGCGACUCCAUGAACUUCAAGUGUCGGGUAAGAUCAAAGAAGAAAUUCGAUGUUGAUCGUGGACCUUUAUCUUUUGAAGCAAUCAAAGGGUAUUUUCUCAUCGUUAGUCAAGAAAAAGUCUUUGUUUACAAUGUUUCUUCUCAACUUUACGUGAGAGCGGGAUUACCCCGGCUCGUGUUUUCAGCUGGACUCGAUGAAAUUAUCGCAUCCUUCUUGAAUUAUCGCGCAAUUGGGAGAUCAAUAGAUGGUAGAAAUGAUGAAAUUGUUCCAUUAAUAGCAAGUGAUCAUGAUAAGCUUGUGAUUUUAAGCCUUGGAAGUGGAUACAUCGGGAUGUAUCGAUCGAAUCUUCCCGUUACAAAAGGUGAAUUCAACACGAUGUUAUGGAGUACACCGGUUUUAUUUUUUAUACUUUUUCUAUUCGUGGCGUGGCAUUUCUUUGCUAACAAAAAGGAAGCUUUGACAUCGUGGGGCCCGGAUGAUCCGUUUACAACAAACGGAGCUCCGCCGGGUCCCGGGGAGAGAUCUUUUGGCGACCCCACUUCGCGAAAUCAUGAUAUGAUGGAUCUGAGAGGCGGCGGCGGCGGUGGUGGUGGUGGUAGUGGCGGCAAUGGCGGUGGUGGGGGGAUAAGAGGGCCGCCACGAAGGUACGGGUCGCCGACGCGGUAUGUGGGACCCGGGGGUAAUUCGUUUAGACCGACUUCUAUUGACCCGAAUCCGCGACCCGGGUCUGUUGACCCGGAUUUUAGAGGUUCGGAGUUGAAAUAUAGAGGGGCAAAUAUGGAAAGUAGUGGUUUUGGUAAAAGGAGAGAGGGUUUGUUUGUAAACAAUCAAGUUGUGGAUAAUCAUGGGAGUUGA